ACAGAUGCCCAGACAGACUGCUCCUUAUUGACAGAUUGUAAUGCGAGACACAGAAAAGUAUUGAUCUCUGCAUCUCUGCUCAACACAGAUCAUUAAAACUCCUCCUUUUAACAAAGGACGAUUGCGCUUCACAUUGUUUGACCGGAAACACUUUAGGCGCCAUAAAAGGACUAUUUUUACAUGAUGCGCUCCAGUAGAAAUCAUUUAUCAUUUUAGGCAGCAUGUUUUUCUACUCUGAUAUGCAGAAAAACAGUUGAUUAAAACAUCUUUUUUUACUCUUCUGUAAUUACUAAUUAAAAAUCUUUCCCAUAAAAGGGUUUCCCAUUUACCUUUUUAACUUGCCAUCCAUUUCUUUUUAUGGGAAAGCUAGUCUAUUAAGGUUCAUUUAGUAAUGUCUUAUAUUUCAUUUCCUCUUAAUGGGAACCAGUCCUUUUUAUAAACCACUCCAGGUGCCACGGCCGUGAUUAGCUUAUGAAGUUUUAUGAUUAUGUGUUUUGCAGUGAGAAACAGCUUUCAUCUUCAUACUCACCUUGAAGAGCACAAUUUGUCACACCGACGGAGGUUAUGCGUGUGCUGGUUUUGGCUCUAAUAAUGAUGCCUUUUGGUGUUUCUUCUUCUUUGUCAGAAGUCUCAAUUGCCCGCUCCAGUCAGGAGGAGAGGCGCUGUGGAGAUUUCAACCUUUUCCACAUGAUCGCCGUUGGUCUUAGCAGCUCCAUCCUCGGCUGCCUGGUUACCCUGCUAGUCUACUCCUACUGCCAGCGCUACCAGCAGCAGUCCCACGACGCCACCGUCAUCCAUCCCAUCUCAGCUGCGCCACUCAACACCAGCAUCACCAAUCACAUCAACAAACUGGACAAAUAUGACACUGUGGAAGCCAUCAAGCCAGAUGUGUCGGUACUCUUGCCCUUGGACGACCCCGCCAUGCACCAGCCUCUCUCUUCUAACAUGGGGGUGUCCAUGCGUGGACUGGAGAUUUUCUACUAACCACUGACCUCUGCAACCGCUCGCCUUCUGACCCUUACCCCCAACAACUCUUUUAUACCCACCUUCGACUACUUCCUCUUCCCCAACGUUCCCUGCCCCUCCACUUCCUGUGUGUGGCAGGUUGGAGCACGAUUCUCUUUCCGCUUCAUCCUCCCAUCAUAACUGCCUCCCUUCUCCAUUCUGGCUUGUGAGAAGGCAGCGUAUCUCGUUUUGUUCUCUUUUUAAAAAGUGCUUGCAUUUGCAUGUUUUUUUUGUCUCUUCUUUUUGCUUUUUAUUUAUUUCACCGCAGGUUUGAUUUAAUGGGUAAAGAUGGAUAGCUCAUUGUGAUGUUGGUUUAAAAAAAACCUCCUCUGCUGCCUCUCUGUCACCCAAACCACUCCAAGAAAGGAGACAUACU